AAAAACCUUAUUCUGCAUAGUUAUGUCACAGGGCUUCGACAUGAAGGCUGUGGUACUUCUAGUGUCAUUAUGUGGUCUAGCGCAUGGACUUUAUCGAGUAGACCCCCUGGUUUCCAUCAAAGGGGGUCUGAUUAGAGGUCUCCUGUCUAGUGAGGGGUAUGCGCAAUUUUUGGGAGUGCCAUAUGCUGUUGUUGAUGAAAAUAAUCCUUUUGGGGCUUCAAUACCACAUCCUGGCUUUGACAGUGUCUUCGAAGCGUAUGAGUCAAACGUUUGCCCUCAAGUUAACAACAAUGUCGCCGUCGGUACUCUCGACUGCCUCACCUUGAACAUCUACGUGCCAAGUGUUGCCACCACCAAAAACCUCUUACCAGUCAUGGUUUGGAUUCAUGGAGGUCAAUUCUCUAAAGGCAGCGCUGAUAAUAGCGGCAGUUCUCCAAAGUUCUUAGUGAGAAAUGACGUCAUCGUUGUAGGAAUCAACUACAGACUUGGAGCUUACGGCUUUAUGUGCUUGGAUCACCCAGAUGUUCCUGGAAACCAAGGACUCAAAGACCAGGUCUUGGCUUUGAGGUGGAUCAAUGAAAACAUUGAAGCUUUCGGUGGAAAUCCUAAAGAAAUUACCAUAUUCGGUGAAAGUGCUGGAGGUAUGUCCGUCAACCUUCAUCUGCUAUCGUCUUACGAAAAGCUGUUCCAAAGAGCCAUCAUACAGAGUGGACCGGCUUAUACUCAUAUUUGGGCGGGAGAGCAUCAGAACCAAUUGCCUAUUAAACUAGCUGAAGAGUUAGAUUUCAAUACGACAGAUGUUAAUGAAGCUCUUGAAUAUCUUGCAACUAUUGAUGCACACACGUUGAUUAAAGCUGCCAAUGAUUUGAACAAAGGCUUCUCUUUCCAAGGCAACAAUAUUCUAACGGUGCCUUGCAUUGAAACUGAGUUUGAGGGCGUUGAUCAUUUCAUAACGGAACACCCAAGGAACAUUGUGUCACCAAAGUUGAAGAAUACACCAGUCAUUAUAGGUUACAACGACAAUGAAGCUGCCCCUGCAGCAGAAUUAUCAACUGACGAUUAUUACAAGACUUUUGAUUUUGGAGACCAUCUAAGUUUAGAAUUUAAUUUUGGUGAUGAGGCCGAUGAAGCUAAUGAUGUGGUCAAGCACUUUUAUAUUGGAGGAGAACCGAUUUCUGAAGAUGUAAAGUUAGACCUUGCAGACUUUGCAGCAGAUUUUCAUUUCGGGUAUCCAACUCAAAGAGUAGUAGACCAGCUCUUACAAAAUGGUGCUACCAAUGUGUACCGUUACGUAUUCUCAUACAGUGGAGGCAGAAAUAUCAUGAAGUUGGCACUUAACUUGACUUCGACGGGAGCUGCUCAUGCUGAUGAACUUGGUUACUUGUUUGAUUACGAAUACUUUGGAGAAGUGACUCCUGAAGAUCAGAUCGUCAUUGAUAGGAUGACUGCUAUUUGGACGUACUUUGCUAAGUUUGGAAACCCAACACCAGAGACAUCAGAACUUCUACCAGUCAAAUGGGAACCAGUGACAAAGAGAAACCAGCCUUAUCUAGACAUAAACCAAGACUUGUCUCUGGGAGCCAGGCCGUACCAUGAGAGGAUGGCUUUCUGGGACCUAUUCUACAAAUUGUAUGGAAAGUACCAAGUCUGAUCUCAAGGUAUACUCAUGAAGAUGAAGAAAAUGUUUCUUGUAGAUAAGUUGUAAGGCUAAAAAUAAAGAUUGCGAAAGAAAAGCAGAAUGCAAAAAAGAUGUAAAAUUAAUAAUGUGUAUUGUAUCAAAAUGCAACAAAUAACAUGAAUUGGCAUUUAAAA